UCUCAAGGGCAAGCCGGACGACAGACAUGGGUUAUGACCUGCCACUUACACGGAAGAGGAUUGGCCAUCAGGCUGGCUUCUAAUCCCAUAUCCAGAGAGGAGCACCAGCUUUACUCACAGACUGUGUAUGUCCUAACACAGCCUACUGUAACUGCGGACACUCUACAGUGCUGACUCCAACUGGAUUUUGUAAUCAGAAACAGUGUGAAGAUGGCAAGCUCAUUCACCAAGAUGUUCUCGGGCCGUACAACUGGCUUACUCAUGGCGAGUCUAGGAGCUGGCGCCAUGGCGACCGGUUACUUGAUGAGUGACAGUGCCACUAUCUCUGCAGAGCAGAGAAGGAAACUCUACCCUCCCAGUGCUGACUUUCCUGACCUUCGCAAGCACAACAACUGUAUGGCCGGUGCACUGACCCCUGCCAUCUAUGCCAAGCUGAGGGACAAGGUCACCCCAAACAACUGGACUCUUGACCAGUGCAUCCAGACUGGUGUGGACAACCCCGGUCAUCCCUUCAUCAAGACAGUGGGGAUGGUUGCUGGUGAUGAGGAGAGCUAUGAGUUGUUUGCUGAAAUCUUUGAUCCCGUAAUCAAGGACAGACACAACGGCUAUGACCCAAAAACCAUGAAGCAUCCAACUGACCUUGAUGCCUCCAAGAUCACAUCAGGCAUGUUUGACGAGCGCUACGUCCUGUCCUCCCGUGUGCGCACUGGCCGCAGCAUCCGUGGCCUCAGUCUGCCCCCCGCCUGCAGCCGCUCCGAGCGUCGUGAGGUGGAGAGGGUGGUGAUCCAAGCCUUGGCUGGACUAAAGGGAGAUCUUACUGGACGUUACUACAGCCUCACUGAAAUGACUGAACAUGAGCAGCAGAGACUCAUCGAUGACCACUUCCUGUUUGACAAACCUGUGUCCCCUUUGUUGACUUGUGCAUUUAUGGCCCGUGACUGGCCAGAUGCAAGAGGCAUCUGGCACAACAAUGAGAAGACCUUUUUAAUAUGGGUCAAUGAAGAAGACCACACCCGUGUCAUCUCCAUGGAGAAGGGUGGCAAUAUGAAGAGGGUGUUUGAGAGGUUCUGCCGAGGUCUCAAACAGGUGGAACAACUGAUUCAGGAGAGAGGCUGGGAGUUCAUGUGGAAUGAACAUCUUGGCUACAUCCUGACCUGCCCAUCCAAUCUGGGUACCGGUCUCAGAGCUGGAGUGCAUGUCCGCUUGCCAAAGCUCAGCAAGGACCCUCGGUUUGGCAAGAUUCUGGAUAACUUGCGGUUGCAGAAGCGUGGCACUGGCGGAGUGGACACCGCUGCUGUGGGCGACAUCUUUGACAUCUCAAACCUUGACCGCCUGGGCAAAUCUGAGGUGGAACUGGUGCAGUUGGUAAUUGAUGGUGUCAACUACCUUAUUGAAUGUGAGAAGAGAUUGGAGAAGGGCCAGGAUAUCAAGAUCCCUGCACCCAUCCAACAGUUCAGGAAGUGAGCAACGCUCCUCUGCUAAAUUUGGACCAGUACAGCAGAGUUAACCAUGGACAAUCCUUCCACCAAUCCCAAAAACAGAAGGUCUUAUGUAUACACAAAGCUCAAUAAAAUGAACCCUAAAACUACAAAGUACAUAUGCAUGCU